UAUUUAAAUCGAUUAAAUUUGUCUUUCAUGCGCAAGAAAAAAAUUGAGCAAACAGACCAAAAGAAAACGAAAAAUAUUUUUUCCUUAACCUUUACCCUUUUACAAAAUCCUUCCUCUCCCCGUCAAUAAACCAAAAUCCUCCUUUGCUGCCCCUCCGCCAAUCUCCGCCGUCACCGUCGCCGUCACCGGCGCACCUUCACCGCCGUGCCUCUGCUCUCUGCACCGUCGCCCCUGUAUUUUUCCACCACCAAAUUUCAGAUCAUGGUGGGAUUUAAGAAUAGAUAUAUGGUGAUGGAAGUUUUUUUGGAUCCAAAUAAAGAUACUGGAGUUGAUGAGCCCAUCAUAAUCACUCAAUUUAACUUGACCAAAGCCAUCAAGGAUGUUAUUUUGACAAACUUUGGUGAAUGCGCCCUCGCCUCAUCCACGAAUUCAUUUCAAGUGAAGUAUGUGAAUCCCAUUACUAAACUUUGUAUCAUACGAGCAUCAAGGGAGGAGUAUCAAAGAGUUUGGGCUGCAAUAACCAUGGUCCGGAGUGUAGGGAGUUGCCCCGUGGUGUUCAACCUGCUAGACCUAAGUGGUAGCAUCAGGGCAUGUAGAGCUGCAGCAUUGAAAUGUGAUGAGUUGAAAUUUCAGCAGUACCAGUCGUUGGCCGGAGCUCGCCUCACCCCAGAGGUUCAGCAGCAAAUGCAGGGCUAUCUAGAUAAGAUCAAAGUUUUGGAACACUGAUGUAAAGAAAUAGACCUUGGGCCUAACUCAACCCCAAAUGCUAGCUCCUUCCUCUCUUGAAUUGCAAACACCUAUCGAGAUUCCCUAAGGCAUUGACUGCAUCCCCUCUCCGGCAUCAGAUUUACCAGCGAAAACCUACAAUAUCUUGUAAUGAGCCAAUGCUCAAGUAUUUUCUCCGGCCAUUGUCCAACAAGCUGGUUAUUUCAUUAACUUAUGUAUACAUGCUUGCACAAAAGUUAUGCUCGUUAGCUGGUUAAAUUUGUAUUUUUAAUUGUCAACUGUACAUUUGCCUUUAGAACUUGAUUAAUUUGAUGGUGCAUUAUGAUAAAUUUGGAACUUACCAUGUUU